AUGGCUCUCUUUGUUUUCAACUGGACAAAGAGAGGAUACAUCAUGGCUGUAUUGUGUCUAGUCCUACUGGUGCUCGCAGCCCAACAUCGAGAAUACUUCCUCUGCGAAGAAAAACAUCUGAGCUCUUUUGAAAAGUUUUGCGUUUGGCUGGGUGUGAUGGAAAAGCCCAAACCCUGCCCGGGGAUAGAGGAUAUGUACUCCAUGGCUAUGGAGAUGGGACAAGCUUCUGUGGCUGUGGUAGCCAGUAGUUUUAUUCCCUCAGUCUUGAAGUGGACUUGCUCGCUAUUGGGAAGUGGGGUCAGACUCAUCAAAAGAAUUCCCAAAGCAAUCAAAGAAAGUAUCCAAUUAAUCAAAGGAAUCCCGCAAUUCUUCAAAGGAAGUUUGUCGUCUGCGAAAGGAAUCCCACAAAGCAUGAAAGGCAUUCCGAAAUCUGUUAAGAAAAGUGCCUGGAUCAUAAAAGAUCGCAUGCGAUUCGGAAGACGUUCUCUGGGUGCAUCCAAGAAGGACCCACCAAAAUACAAAUAUUUCUUCUUUCGCAAUGCUUACAAUCAGCGAAAAGUCGCUAUGUUCGUAAGAGAGGGGGAGAAAUACAAGGAAAUAUUUGUUCAGAAUCCUCGAACGAAGAAAAUGGAAUGUAUCCUCUCCUACCCCAAGGAGGCAUGAAGUUCUGUUUGAAACAGAUUCUAUAGUCAGAGAUCUUGGGGAUUUGAAGAUCAGCGAAAUCUUGAAUGAAGCUGGAACUCGUAUCUUUUGGAAGAUUUCUAUCAGAAUCCAUGUGUGGAUUUAAUUUAAUUUAUUCAUUUUAACAAAUCGAUCUUAUUUGAGCUCGUUUUGUCUUCUGUCCACAAUCAUUGUAAUGUGUCUCAAAAAUUCAUCAUAUAUUGUAGUGAAUUUUUUUA